GAAACGGACAUCACAAGUGGACAUUAUUGGGCGAGUACACUUGUGUGCACUUUUCAAGUGGAAAGUCAGUUGUUCUCUGUAUAAUGCGUAUAUAUCUUAGGACAUUUAGUUUGUGCAUAGUUGUCGCUCUUUUAUCUUUGGUGUUUUUGUUCAGCAAACAUGACGAAGGAAGUUUUUCGGCUGGGUUUAAGCAAGUUCGAGCGCCGCCCCAACAUAAGAGCUUCAAUGGAAACGUUAGAAGCAAACAACGACCCACCGUGACCACAUCACACCGAGAUGUUGUCAAGAAGCCGAACUCACCUGUUCAGCAGGAGGCACUGAUGCAUCUGGCAGUGGUGGCCUGUGGAGAGAGACAAGGAGAAGCGGUCAACAUGCUGAAGACUGCAGUCACGCUCAGCCAAAGAGUCUUGACAUUUCACAUCUUUGCAGAGCAACAGUUACACACCAGCAUUAAAGCCGAUCUGGAUUCCUGGCCGGCUUUCAUCCAAGGGAAAUUCAGCUAUGUUCUUCACCCCAUUUCAUUCCCCCAUGAGCACCAUGAAGAGUGGAGUCAGCUUUUCAAACCUUGUGCUUCACAGAGACUCUUUCUGCCCAUGAUUCUGAGGGACCUGGACUCCUUGCUGUAUGUGGACACAGAUGUGCUCUUCCUGCAGCCUGUAGAGCUGAUCUGGGACACGCUGAUGCUCUUUAACUCCACACAGUUAAUAGCAAUGGCUCCAGAACACGAGGAGCGCAGGAUCGCCUGGUACAGUCGCUUCUCCCGACAUCCCUAUUAUGGGAAAACUGGCAUCAACUCUGGCGUCAUGCUGAUGAACUUGACCCGGAUGCGAAUCGCACAAUUCAAGAAUGACUUGACCCCUAUCGGUCUCCAUUGGGACGAGCUCCUGAUGCCUUUAUUACAAAAAUACAAGCUUAACAUCACGUGGGGUGACCAAGACCUCAUUAACAUCAUUUUCCAUUACAAUCCAGAAAUGGUAUUUACAUUGCCCUGCCACUGGAACUACCGUCCCGAUCACUGCAUCUACGGCAGCAACUGCGCUCCUGCUGAAGACGAGGGUGUUUUCAUGCUACACGGCAACAGAGGAGUGUUUCACAGUGACAAACAGCCUGCCUUCAGGGCCGUGUAUGAGGCUUUCGAACAGUACACAUUUGGCGAGGAUCUCAGACAGUCACUGCUGUCACCGCUGGAAGUGGCAUUGAAUGAAACGACACACACAUACUGUGGUAAAGUCAGUCAUUUCUUUACUAUGGGACUCCUAAAGUCUGUCAGGAGGCUCCAGAGAGCGACUCCACCAGGUGACUGAGACGUGAUUCUGUCAUGGUAGGUGAAUGAUGACUGAAAUAUAAUCUCGGAAACUGGACAUGAGCCGCUCUUCCAGUCGUAUCUGUGCAAUGUGAGCGCUGAAUGUUCAGUUGGAAAACUCAGAGAUGAUGAAAGAUGGGGUUGAAUGAUGAAAUGCACACCUACUGGGAUUCUUCUCAAGGGGCCAUUUUUAUUUAAUUUUUUAACUUGGUAAUAAGAUCUCAAAUAUAAAAAAUGAAACUAUUUAUUAACCUUAACGUCAUUCCAAAUCUGUAUGGCUUCCUUUCCAGGAACAAAGGAGACAAUUUUUGUCUCAUACAAAUUAUACAAAAAUACUGUUGCACACAAACCAUAUUGACUACUUUGAUGAUUGUUUUAUCGUGGUUUUGGACGUACUGCAAGAUGUUAUGGACCUGGAGAUACUUGAAAAUGUAAAUAUGCGUUUAGAUAUUUGUUCUUAGUGACGUGAUUUUCAUAUGAAAUAAAAUCACGUAUCAGAUUUAAACCUUGUGAACAUUGGUUAAUCGUUUUAAACAAAAGGAGAAAAGCAGAAAAGUGUAUUUGAACAAACUAUGG